GUAGUGAAAAUAGAUAAACGAACUGACAGCAGCAAGUUCAAAUUUUAAAAAAAUUCUUGUAGGAACGGCUCGUUUACCGUUCGACUUUCUAUUUUCUUUCGUUCAUUUCAAAACAACAAAACAAGUUCUUGCUUACCAAACAAAGAUGCCCUCCCUGUAUACAUUCUCGCGAAGUGAUAGCGAGAUUCUCCAGGAAUUGCUUCGGGUAUUCAGCUCUGGUCGAGGUACUGCUCGUGAGCAAUGGACCUUGCAAGCCGAGGUUAUGGUGGAACCAGUUGGUUGGGACGCGUUGUGGAAACUAUCCAAAGAUUUUUGUAAAAAAUUUGAAGUGAGAUUCCCCUGCAUUGCCUGUGUGACAGUAACCUCUGUAGACUUUGAAGCCCUAUCAGCGUGUGUUGAGGUGCUCAGUGUCCAGCAUGAGACAGUGUCAUUACCGGAGACCGUUGAAGACAUCCCACUUAUAGAACUGUGGCCGACCAUGAAGCAGAAGGAGCAGUGCAUCAAUGCUGCUACUACUGCAGAAUUCAUAGAUUUAUUGAGAUUUUAUUACAACGAAAUAUGGAUGCCCUGGGAUGACCAAGAUGACAAGAUUCUCCUUCCGAACACAAUAGAAGACCGUAUGAAGCUGUGGUCAGAGCUCCACAACGGUAGCAUACCUCAUUGUGUGGCGAGGUCCAUCACUCUGUUGCGCAGUAGUGCAAUACACGCUCAUGAUAAACUUAAAGAAUUGGACUCUUCGCUCUGUGAGAUGGAUAUUACGGAUGAAGAUGAUUCCCUGUUACCUCCAAACUACAUAUCGCUAUGUGCUGAGAUGAACGCUCGGCUUGAUGGACUCAUGUCAAAAUGGACCUUAUAUGAAAACCCUCUUAUCAGAGAGCAGUAUUUAGCAAAGGCCAGGAAUAAAUACCAGAAGAAUAAAAGUAAAAAACAUGUUGUAGCCCUAUGGCAGGGCGGGUCACCACUAGAAUUCUCCGAGAUCUCAAAAUUCCUCGUGUCCCGCCUCGCUGACGACUGCACGCUGACAGUCAUGACGUCAGCUGACGACGCGCUGUCACUGGAGCCCGAAGAGGUUGUGGUGUGCAGCGACAACUAUGAGAUACCAGAGAUGCCGCUCUCGCAAGUUUCUAUAUGUAGCUUCAAUGGAAGCACACUGCGCGCGUCCGGCGUGCGGUCGUGCUUGCUGUCGCUGAGCGCAGCGUGCAGCGUGCGCGCGCUCGCGCUGAGCGCCGCGCGCGUGGGCACCGUGCUGGCCGCGCGCGCCGGCUCGCUGCGGCUCCGCGCCUGCGCGCUCUCCGACCCCUCGGAGACCGACCAGAGUAAUUUCGCACAAGGCAUAGUGGCUAUGGCGGGAGCGAACAUAUACGUGGAAGACUGCACGUUUGAUAAUUUCUACUCUGGGAUUGUGGUGCAUAAAGGAGCGCAGGUGGAGCUACACAACUGCAAGAUAACGCGGUGCGGCGUCGGUGUGCAGAUGUUUUCAGGAGCGAAAGUCACUCUGAACGGGACUGUCAUAACGCAGUGUGUAGAGCAAUGCAUACGCUGUGAGGUCGACAGGGACAGCGGCGCACGCACAGAGGUGGAUGGACUGCAAAUUAUCGGAAACUGCACGAUUGGUUCAGGUGACCUUCAGAAGGAAAUUCUCAUCGUUCAUCAAGACGACAUACAGUGACCACAAUUACAAGUAUUUAAUAUUUUUAAUUCCAGUAGUUUGUAUUGUUUUUGAGGAUGUAGUUUUCAGUUGUGUAUGUUCGUUGUGUAAAAAAAGUUGUCUGUCGUAUAUUUAAAAAAUAUAUAUUAAAAAAAAUAUUUUGUAUGUUGACCAAACUAUACAAACAACAAAGUUUUACAUCACAACACCCCAUCAACAUAUAUACUUAUUGUUAUUCUUGUUGUCACAUAGAAUAGUUGAAGUCGUAUUUUAUAAAUGCGAAUGUCUAGAUAUCUGUUUCGGUUUCACGGCUAACCGCUGGACCGAUUUUGAUGAUAUUUCUCAUGAGAUCGAUUUUCAUACAAACUUUCACCCCAUUAUAGUCAUUCAGGUGUUGAAAAAAAAUUUGUCUAUGUUUGAACGGUGGUGUUUGACAACAUUCAUACCAAAUUUCGUCAAAAUCAGUCCAGCAGUUUAGCCGUAAAAGCGGAACAGACGUUCGCAUUUAUAAUAUUAGUAUCGAUUAGUACAGAGUGUAAAUUUGUGUCAGGAUGUUUGUUAGCCAUGUAAAAUGUUCUAUAGGAAUUUGUAUGAAAUUUUGAACAUGAUUAAAAUAUAAUCUGGAAUAUAUAGGUUACCUUUUAUCCCAAAAUACCCACUGGGAUGCCCUGGAUGGGCAGCUAAUAGGAACUAAAUUAACUUGUUACAAUAUUCUUAACAAUUAUUAACAAUGUACUAUUAUUUUUAUUUGUAACUAUCUUCCAACACUUAACAUGACAAUGGUAUUCUAAAGAAACAUAUUUAUUGGUCAUCGAAUGAUAAUGAAUUUUCCGUAAUAGAUCAAUUCUUGUUUUCAACCGACUUUUAAAACGAAAGAGCUUCUAUGUUCCAUUUUAUGACCAUUAAUUAUGUACCUUACAUAAAACAACUGUAUUUUUAAAUUCAAUUGAGCAACUCAGCCCACCUGAUGGUAAGUGGUCACCGCAGCCUACAACUUAUUCUGUCAACUUUAGGGGUAUCACACGCCUGAAUAAAUCAGGUUAUUAUGUUCUUUAUUUCACUGUUAAAAAAUGAGAAACGGAUUGAUACUUUAGUAUUAAAAGUAAAUAUUUGUGUAAUGAUGUCCAUUGCUUUUUAUUGUGUACUUUGAUAUAUUAUUUUGUCCAAAUGCGUUACGAAUCUUAAUAGCAUAUUUAGUCAUAUAUAGGAAACUGGUGGUAGGGCAAGGUCAGGCGCAAUUACAUAUCAUGUAAGGUUUAUCUGUACGAGUACCAUAGACUAACCUUGGCUUUACAAUAACUUGUCAGUGAUAAAUGAAAUAACAUAGUGACCAUCCCGCAACGCAUUCUUUUGAAUAGAUGCAUUUUUGAAAAUAAAAUGUACAUUUUGCAGUCUAAAAAAUAUUUCACUUUGGAAAUACCCUAACUAAUAUUUGCAAAUGCGAAAGUAAGUUUGUUUGUUUGUUACCUCUUCAUGCUCUAUCUACUCAACCAAUCUUCUUGGAAUUUUGCAUACAUGUAGUUUGAAGCGUGUAGAAGGACAUAGUGUACCUUUCAUCAAAAAAUAACUGAUAGGAAAAUUACGCGAGUGAAGCCGUAGGCAAAACCUAGUUUGAUGAUAUAUAAAAAUUCGACAAUAACAUCUUAACCACGUCCUAACAUAUAAACAAUAUCAGUCUAUGUUUACGUGUUAGGACUCUGUAGGAAUGAAUGGAGUGCACAUUAAAACAGCACAUUAACACCCAAAACCAUUGCAAAUUCGCCUCUAUUACGUGGCAUAGAAUUCCGAUGGUUAACGCGAUAUGAUGUCGACUGUACGAUUAAUCGUGCCUUGAUUUAUUAUUAUUGUACAACAUCCAAAAUGUGCAUGCAAUUUUUAGUUUUAUUUCUUAUAUUAAUACGGUGUGUGCCAUAUGCAUUAUAUCGCAAAAUGUCAUAAUAAUAUAUAGCUCUAAAUAUUUAAUGUAUUUACAGGUAAUAGUGCCUUUUAAUUUGUUUAAAGUGUUAAAAAUCUACACCAAAUGUGGCAAUAAAUGAUAUUUUUUAAAUAAGUUUUUAAAUAAGUUUUUCAUUCACACUUUUUUAAGAUGAAUGAAAUUCAAGACGCAGCACGUUCGACAGUGGAAUAUUGUUUAUAAAGAUUAUACGGUUGUUUUUUGUA